AUGCUGGGGAAAGACCAGACCUCUGUGAGUCCGUCCUGGGAGAGGUUUGUGCCCCGGCCCAAAGUCUUGGUUACUUUUUCUCCUGCCAGGGAGAUAUCCCGUGUCUCCAUCCCCUUGUGCUCCCGGAUCGCUCACUUCCUGCUCCGGCUGCUCAGCACACAGGAGCCAUGCUGGGAGCUACCCGCCCUGGCGUUCCUUGUGGAGGUCCUCGAGUGUCUGAACUUGAGUGGAGGCGGUGCUAACAGAGUCCUGCAAAUCUUGUCAAGGCACCUGCGGAGCAAGUGCAGGGACAGGCGUCGCCUGGCGCUCAGGGCCCUUCUCAAGCUCAUUGACAAUCCCUCGAUGAGUGAAAAAAUGGGGAGCCUGACUGAAAGUCUUGUGGAGCUCCUGUGCGACGCAGAUGGAGAGAUAGUUAGCAUGACAGUCAUGCUCCUCAGCUUUAUCUCCCGGGACAAGGACAUGCUGAUAGCCAGCUCCAUUGCACUGCAGCUGCUUGAGGCGCUCCUGCCACUCUUUGACCACGACAAUAGCCAGGUGCAGCUGCUCUCCAUCCUGCUCUUCCAAGCAUUGGUAUCUCUUCCACUGCAAAAGGACAAAAAGGCCCUGAAGACACACGUGUGCCAGAGCCUGCUGCCACUCUUCUUCCACUGCCAUGAUGAGGAUGGGCGUGUGGCACAGGCUUCUCAGGAAACACUGCUAUGUGUGGCCAAGUUCCUGAAGAGGAGGGAUCUUGAAAAGGUGGUGAAGAACAAGAAGCUGUGGAAGUUCACCGAGUGCCUGCUGGCAGACGACAGCAGCAGAGCGGCCGAGCACCUGCGCCAGGCCAUGCCCUACCUGGAGAGCCCACAGGAGCCCCUGCGAGAGGCGGCCAUCAGGUUCCUGGGGAUGGCCGGGCGGCAGCUGAGGGGGAAGAAGGAAGAGGUCCAGCUCAUCUGUGAGGCCCUUGAAGGCAUGACAAAUGACAUCAGCGUCGGCGUUGGAAGCCUGUCAAUUCAAACGUUGUAUGUCCUCCAGGCAGUAGAGAGAGCUGGAUAUUCCAUCUUGGACAGCCUGCAUGAUCAGCUGCGCAGGGCACGGAGGACACGGCCUCGUCUCUUGGGGCUCAGCUGGCUGCGCUGCUGGAGCUUUGCAGAGUGCUGAUCCCAGAGGCUCUGUCUGCUGGGGCCACCUGAGCCAGCAGGAAUGUUUCAUUUCUUCGAGGUUGUUCUUUCCUUUUCUUUGCUUUUCUUUAGGAUAUAAAUAUAGGAUGUGUUGUAAUA